AUGUCUGGUGGACCAGUUCCAAUUUGGAAGAAAUACACAACCGGUUCCACAGGAAUUUGGGAAAAAUUUAGACAACUCUUCGUUUUGGUGCCAAAUAGAUCAUCAGGUAACCCAAUUGUUGCUUUAUAUAGAAACCCACCGCCAGGUGCUAGAAUAAAUGAAGCUAAGGCCUUCAAGGAACAAGUAACAUUGCCUGCAGGUGAUAUCAGAGGAAAUUCAUACGCAAAGAGAGAUUACAGAAGAAACUAUCCACAAGUGCACUCAUUCGAUCAAACUAAAGUUUCAGGUUUGUUACAAUUGGGUUCAGCCGACAAGCCAAGAAUUUCCAUUGGUAACAAAGGUACUCAAGAAUUGGCCGUCUACAGUGAAAAUAGCGAAGGUGUCAGUCUUUCCACAACUUUGACUCAAGUAUCUCCAAACGUAGUAAAGGGAGAAUUAUUGGGUAACUCCGGUGAGCCAAUCGUUGCACCUGCUUUAAGAAAGUUCGAGUGGACCAUCUUAAGGGAACCACAACAUGGUAUGUACACUGAAGACUACCCAUGUCGUAUUUUCACCGACGUUAAAUCAGCUAACUGA